AUGCCUCCCCCGCUAAGACUUCAACACAUCCACCUCCCCUCCCCCUCCCCGACCAACCUCCCACCAUACUCCCUAGCCAGCAAACUGCAAUCCCUCCUCCGCCGCCACCACCUCAACUUCAAAGACAGCCCCUCCACCAACCCCCCACCACCACCCUUCUUGAUAUCCUUCACCCCCUUGCCGAUCUACACCCUCGGCCGGCGCCAAUCCUCCCCUUUAUCUCCGCAGGAACUCACCCGGCUAUCCCGGCCACUAUCCUACCAGAACCAAACCCUCCCAGUAACAACCUCCCACUCCCCCAGAGGAGGGCUGACGACCUACCACGGCCCGGGACAGGUAGUCCUCUGGCCGGUACUGGACAUCCACUCCAAGCGCCACAAGACUUUUACCGUCAGGUGUUACUCCCGACUGUUGGAAAACACCACCAUCGCCACGCUGGAGAAGAUGUUUCGCAUCAGGGCCUUCACCACUGAAGACCCGGGGGUGUGGACGAGAGUGGGGGAUGGUAAAGAAGAAAGGAAGAUUGCUGCGUUGGGGGUUCACCUGAGGCGACAUGUCAGCGGGUUGGGGACUGCGAUCAAUGUUGACAUGCCCGGGACGGAUGAGGUGCUGAGCGAGAGGGAGAAUCCGUGGAGAAGGAUUGUGGCUUGUGGGAUUGAGGGGAAGACGGUGACGUGUGUGAGGGAGGUUGUUGCGCACAUCACCGCCGGGGAAGCGCCGGGGUUGAGGGGAACGGAGGAGGUGGCUGAUUUUUGGGGGAGGGAGCUCAGCGAAAGGAUUGGGGUUGAUGGGGUUGACAAGAUUUCUGGGGGGAGGGUGGCGGAGUUGCUGGAGGAGGCUGUGGUGAGGAGUGAGGAGGGGUGGGAAGGGGGAGAGGAGGGAUAUGUUGAAGAGGUUAGGAGGGGGCUGGGAGGAUGGGUAGAAGAGGCUUUGGAUAGAGGGGUUUGA